GUGCGACCGCCCGUAUCGAGGCUAGCGAACACUGUCAUCACACCCCUGGGGUACAAGUCUUGCACAAUGUCGACGCCAAAGUCCAGCUUCGAAUCGUUGAUAUCGACUACUAGUAUCGCUGACGAUGCUCACCUUCACGCCGCGCUUUCGAAGUAUUUUUAUCCAAUAUUUGACACACUACCCGCCAAGUGCUCACGGUCCAUAACUGCCGCACUCCAGUCGACGGAGAAAGAAUACCAGCUUAUACGGGGUCUUGUGGCUGAAGUCGACCUCGAAGGACGAAAGCGAAUGUUCGAAACAGAUAUAGAAGCUGCAGAGGCUUCCCAGGAUCUCGCCGUCUGGACGGCCACCGAAAAGAAGUGGGCGACUGCAGUGGGCGGCUGGCUUGUGGCGUUGUGGCAGCUUGGGGUUGAGAAGGGGUGUGAGCGGCCGCUCGUGCGGGAGUGUCUCGUAUUCUGCGAGGAGGUAAUACGUCGCCUGGUACCGCCGCCCGACAUAGCAGAUGAGUGGAAUGUACAUCGUCUCGAUAUAUGCAUCAAGGACAGCACGAACUAUGCGGUGUUCCUGCAUUACGAUUGUCCCCUGGCUCACGGUCUGGCGUGGCUGUGGAUGGAGCUACUCGCUGAGGCAUUGGUCUCGGGGGACUCCGAGCUCCCUUUUGUCCGGGAUGCUGUCGCAUAUUUGCAGUGGUCGAGCAUAUCCCGCAUAGUGCAGGCAUUUCUUGGAGUAUGCAUCACGUUCAACGAAUACAUCGACAUAGAGAUCGACAAUAACGCGAUUGAAUUCAGUAUCUUGCAUUGGUCGAAGUGCAAGACACAAAAGCUACCUGAACUUCGACUCCCUCGUUGGCCGCCUGCCUAGCUUGAAAGAUAACCUCCUGCACGUGACUCGCAAGAGAGUUUGUGACAACGCGCGGAGCCGGGUCCUCCGAAUUCAGUGGGAUGCAGCUGCAGCGAUCUACAGCAAGUGGGG